AUGGCAGGCCAUGAUUCCACAAUCUAUCGCUCCAGCACAACUGCCCCGGUGAAUAUUGCUGUCAUUAAGUACUGGGGAAAGCGAGAUGAGACUCUCAAUCUCCCAACAAACUCCUCGCUCUCGGUGACCCUUUCUCAGGCCGAUCUGCGCGCACACACGACGGCUUCAUGCUCAGAUAGCUACCCCCACGCGCAAGGAGACACCCUGACCCUCAAUGGUACACCGCAAGACAUCCGCGCCUCCAAACGCACUUUAGCAUGCCUCUCCGAUCUACGCAUCCUCCGGCGGGCUUUGGAGGACGCAAACCCGUCUCUCCCCAGGUUGUCUGCGUUCCCUCUCCGCAUCGUUUCGGAGAACAAUUUCCCAACCGCUGCCGGCCUCGCAAGUUCUGCUGCUGGGUUCGCAGCCCUGGUUCGUGCUGUUGCGGAUUUAUACGAGCUGCCACAAUCGCCCAGUGAAUUGAGCCGGAUCGCCCGCCAGGGAUCGGGCUCCGCUUGUCGCUCGUUGAUGGGUGGUUAUGUUGCUUGGAGAGCCGGCUCCAAAGGAGACGGUAGCGAUAGUAUUGCUGAGCAAGUGGCUCCUGCAGGCCACUGGCCCGAGAUGCGUGCAUUGAUCCUCGUCGUAAGCGCUGCGAAAAAGGAUGUUCCUAGCACCAAAGGCAUGCAGUCCACCUUCACUACUUCGACGUUAUUUCCAACCCGUGCUAAAUCGAUCGUCCCCGAGCGGAUGGCGGCAAUGGAAACUGCUAUUCGGAACUGGGACUUCAAAUCCUUCGCGGAGAUCACUAUGCGUGACAGUAACAAUUUCCAUGCGACGUGCCUGGACACUUGGCCACCGAUCUUUUAUAUCAAUGAUGUCUCUCGCGCAGCCAUCAAUCUUGUGCACGAGGUCAAUCGGAUUGCGGGAAAGGCAAUUUGCGCCUAUACCUUCGAUGCUGGUCCGAAUGCUGUUAUUUAUUAUCUUGAGAAGGACUCUAUGCAGGUGCUGGGUACAUUUAGGCAGAUAUUGAAACCUGAAACGGAAGGCUGGGGUGGAGUUGAACCAGUCCGCGAUUUGAUGGAUGGCUUGAUGGCCACUAGCACAGGGUCAAUGGAGAAGCUUGCUGCUGGUGUUAACCGUGUGAUUUUGACCGGUGUUGGUGAAGGCCCUGAGAAGGUGAAGAACCACCUUGUUAGCGAAACUGGCGAGAUUUUGAUCGGCUCUGGCAAUUAA